CGGUUCUUCAUUUCAGCUGGCUUUGCGGUAAAGCCGUGUGCCGCUCGGCUCCCGCUGCAGGUCGCCCCUGGGCUGCUGGCUGAGGGAGAGCUGAACUCUGUCCAAAGUGGCGAGCAAUUGUCGUCUUCUCCUCUCUCCAGGGACACUCAAAAUCAGAAGCAACUCCUGACAAUUUCUCCGUGCGUGGCAGUGGUGACCAUCCAGUUACCUCCGUGGGGAUUCAGCCUGCCAGGUCUGGUGCGGAGGAGGCUGCCUUGGCUGCUGGUGCCGAAGGAGAGGUUGGUUUGGGCUGGGAAGGACUCCUGGUCUGGUAAUGGGAACGCUGGUCUGAGCUCUGGAAGGGGAGCCCCGAGUCCAGCGCAGAGAUUCGCAUCACCCAGCUGAGGACAAGGAGGAAUAAACCUGAGCUGAUCCACUUCCAUCCCACGGGAGCGCUCCUGGGAGGCUUGGCGCCUCGGAGGAGAGAGGAUGGCUCAGGAGACGAACCAAACGCAGGUGCCUCUGUUGUGUACCACAGGCUGUGGGUUUUAUGGCAGCCCCCGGACUAACGGGAUGUGCUCCGUUUGCUAUAAGGAGUUUCUACAGAGACAGCAGAGCAGUGACCGGAUAAACCCCCCAGCGCCCAGUGGUCCCAACAGCAGCCCCAUGGCUUCAGAUUCAAUUGCAGGGCAGUGUGCGGAGGGAGACUCCACGCCUGAGGAUGUGAAAGCCAGUGCUCCGACUCCUGUGACCCAUCAGAUGACGGCCAUGAGCAUAUCCCGAGAAGAAAACAGCAGUGAGACAGAAGAAUUCAUCAAGACAGAAGAAGCCUCAUCAGCAUCUUCCUCAUCAGGUACCCUGCUUGAAAUAUCCCAGAACACAGCUGAGGGAAAGACAGCUUCAGAAAAACCGAAACAGAAGAAGAAUCGCUGCUUCACUUGCCGGAAGAAGAUAGGGCUGACUGGCUUUGACUGCCGCUGCGGGAACCUGUUCUGUGCCAUUCACCGGUACUCCGACAUGCACGCCUGCCCCUACGACUACAAGGCAGAAGCCGCCGAGAAGAUCCGUAAGGAGAACCCCAUCGUUAUCGCUGAGAAGAUCCAGAAGUUGUGAAGGGGGCUGAGCAGCUCCAACUGCAGCCAGGUGGCCUGGUGCUCCUCCCCUUCCUCCCAGCCUUCCUCUUCCUCCCAGCCCCAUCCGGGGUGCGAUGGGGACUCCAGCAGCACACACGAACCAACACUCAGACACGGAGACUCUUCGCACCUCUUUGACAGAAAACUGGCGUUCCUUCUCUCCCUUCCUGCCCGUGCCACAGCUCAGCUGAUCCGUUCUCCACCAGCUUCCCAAGGGAAAAGGGACCAUCCUGCCCCACUGCUCCGGUGCUGAGACCUUCAGACUUGUCUUCCGCCAGGGCGGUUUGCGUGGUCCGGGCAGCCUUUCCCUUCAGCCGGCAGCUCUGAGUCCUGCCAACCACCCGGCACUCGCGGCUGGAGCCCGUGAGCUGCCGCUGGACUUCGUUCCCUCUGCCCCGCCGUCUCUGUGGCGGGUGUAAAACCGGGAGCUGGGGAAUCCCAGCAGUAAGGCAGGUGUUUGGUCUCGGAUGCCGAAAAGAGGAUUCUGUAGUUUUAAUGCCCCAAAUACCUUGCCCCUCCCUUUGAGACGCUGUUGUUGAAGCACCGGGAUGGUUGAGCAGCACAGUAAAGUUAUUUUGUGGCUUGAAGCGAUGUUAGACACGCUCUAGCUGCAGGUCAGGACCUUUAGGGAAGUACCGCUCGCUGCCUCGCGCCUCUCGCCGUGGGGAGGGAGCUAGCCUACCGGGCUUGCUGCAUCCUGGGACGUGGCUGGGCUGCGGGGCACCCUUGUACCAGCCCCCCGUGCUUCAAUGCCCCGUGAAUAAUUGCUGGCCGCUUCCCAAGCGAGGUUUGUUGUAACGCAGCGGCGCCUGCGCCUCUUCUCUCCGCUCCCUGCCUUCUGCCUUACACGAUUCUUUCUCAUCAGGGUUGUGCACAAAGCUCAGAUCUCCAAACCUCCCUUUCUUUUCCUGUCCCUGCAUGGAGGCGGACAGCGGGGACCCUUCCUCCCCCUUGGGCCUCGUGGAUCCUCGGCCUUUUUCCCCUAUGAGCACGUUGGCUUGGGAAGCCCACCCGAGCCUCCCUCUGCUGCUCCUCCCCGUGGGCCAAGACAGGGACAGAUCCCCAGGGGAUGCUCCAAAAGCUGGACAGAGGGAUCUGGGGCACAAGGAAAGGCACGGGAAGGGCUGCAGGGCACAUGAAAAGUCGCGAGGAGGGUCUUGUGGUGCCCAGAAGUGCAGGCAAAAGCCCAUGGAGAGCCCUGGGGAGAGACGCUUGGAGGGCUCUGGGCCUGCUCAAAGCCUUGCAGAGUUCUCAGGGGUGCUGGAAGACUCAGGGAGGGCUCCGGGGUGCAAGGGAAGGCAAAAGGAGAGCCUUGGGGUACACUUGACAUGCUCAGAAGACUCGAGCUCCCCAAAAGGCACCUGGAGGGCUCUGGGGCACGCAUAUGGCCACGCAGGCAUGUGGAAGGCUCUGGGGUGCAAGGAAAGCCAAAGGCCAGGCUUGGUAGCACUCCAGAAAAAACAUGUGGAGGGCUCUGGGGCUGCUAGGAAGGGAAACGCGGGGCUCGGGUACGCAGCAAAAGGCAGGCGGAAGCUCCCGGGGCAUUCUGAAAGCCACCUCCGCACCACGCAGGGCCUGCGCCCGCCGCAGAGCCCCCGGGGGGGCCUCUCCUCCCUGGGAACGCCGGGAGCAGGGCUGCAGCCACCGGGCUCCUGGCGGUCUCACAAACAGAGAAACCCGGACGGGUCCCGGGGGAAAAGCAGCAGCCUCUGCCCCACUUCUGGCCAUCCCACGCUUUGGAAGCGCUUCCCUCGGCAUCGACUCCUACAAGGGCGUCAGAGAGCGGAGCCGUAGGGGCCAAACUGGCAGGCGGGGAAAACCAUGGCAGCUCCUUCCAAGCGUCGGCUUCCUUCCCCCGUUCAUGGAAAUUCUGCCCCGGUGAUUGCGGGGAGAUCGUUCCAAAGGUUUUGGUCGUUUUUUUCCUGAUUUCAGCCCAAGCGGUGUGCGCCCUGCAGCAGCUACCAUUGUACGGUGUUGCCGGAAGGAUUCAGACCUCCAAAAAUGAUGCAGAUCUCCCACCGGAGCGGAGGGGAGCCUGGCUCUUGCCAACCUUUUCCUUGGGUUUUUACUUCUGGGUGAUGUUGGCGGCACGUUUUAGUGCCGGGAUGCAACCGGGACAUAAAACCAUUGAGGUUUUGGCUGAGAAUGAGCCGUCGUUCUGAGGGGGAAAGCCAUGAGGAAUUGCAACCACCCCUUGCUUUGCGUUCGCACGAAGGUCGUGAGCCCCUGCGGAGGGGAAGCAGCUCCCAUGGAUGCAACGGGAAAGCCCACAUGGCAAAAGGGCAGCUGCCUGCUUCUCCACCACCUACCUUUUUCCC